GUCUAAAAUCGUCGAAAUGACCUAUAAAAAGACACGCACUGGCUGCCUGCAGUGCAAGACGAGAAAAGUCAAGUGUGACGAAGCGAUUCCAUGUACAGCCUGCGUCCGUCGGAGCUCGACAUGUAGCCUUACAGCCCAAGAAAGGUCAUCGCGAAGCAGGACGCGAUCUCCACCAAUCCAGGCUCUGGAAUCAACCACCGACAUGACUCAUUUCCAACGAAUUGCUCCAUCUCCAACAUAUGGCUUGACUGCACAUGAUAGAGAGCUGCUAUGUCACUGGCACCAAGUUGCUCACAAGGCCAUUGUUCAUCAACGAGGAUCGGAGGAUCUCUGGCAGCACGAAGUAGUCCACCUUGCAUUAGAUCAUCCAGUUAUCCUGAACCUAGUACUGGCCAUAUCCUCUUUCGAACAAGCGCACACUGCCCAUCUAUCACUGCCAAACGCGCCAGGAGAUCGGAUACGAAGGGAUAUCUACGCUUCUCUGGGGUUCAAGUAUUCUCAGGCCGCCGCAGGGAUGAUGAGACACGCAGUAGCGAAAGCCAAUACCGAUAACGGCCCUGUGUGCCAUCUUGCCUCUGUUCUCAUGAUGAUCAACUCCUAUGCCCAAGGCUCAGUUAAAGAGCUUCUACGGUCUAAGGACGAGCCUUCUACUAUGCUGAGCGACCUGCUCGUCACUUGCAGGCUCACAAGAGGCGUCAGGGCUAUCGCCGAAACAUAUGGCGUCAUAAGGCCAGAGCGUCACGAGCUUAUACUAUUUGUCUCUGAGGGCGAACCGCCAGACCAUGGGCCCCUCGAUUCCGUUCUCAACAUGCUUGAUUCUUUGACAUUCUUAGGACAGGUAGAGGAUCCGAACAUCAGAAAGAUUUGCCAGGACGCCUUGGAUCUGAUGAAAUGGCUCGUAAGAAAAGCCCAAACGUCAGAGUGGUGCCCAGCACAUCGAGCAUCAUUGCAAUGGAUUUGCUUAGUUGGGAAAGAGUUUAUGAGACUCGUUGAAGAUCACGAGCCUGCAGCUCUUGUGCUGCUCUCGUAUGGCUGCUUCCUGGAUAAUGGAAAUAGUGGUAAUAACUUUGCAACCAGAGGGUGGAGAGAAGGUGUUUGUGCUGAGAUUAAAAAAAUUAUUGGUUCGGACUGGUCAUGGGCAAUUUUAGUAGAUUAGUAUCAUAACUAUGGUUAGGUAAUGUAUUUAUCAGAUGUCCUGAA